GUCUGAGAUGCAUCUUGAUGAGCCCGGAGUUCGGUCGACCAACAACGAUGAGGCUUUGGGUAUUUUUCAGUGUUCUGUUUCUGGGUAUAGCAACUAAGCAUUCUCUCCAACAGCGACAGAGAAAUCCAUGGCUUCUUCACAAAAGACUUUUGCCUGAUUCCAAGAUCCAGUGUAGAAUACCAUGGGGACAGUGCGUAGCAAGAAGAAACUGCACAGCGCGUUUGGAUUGCAUGUAUCGAAAAUACGAGUGUGUUGAACGCGACGAUGGCAAGAAGACUUCACAAAACAGCAAUUCCAGCAAACUUAUGGGCAAGUGUAAAGAGAGGAUAAAAACAUGCUUGACAAAACGGACAUGCAGGAAAAAGCUGACAUGUGUGCUGUUUCGUAUUUAUCAAUGUGAGCGAUUGCACCGCAGUAAACAGCGAUCGUACAAGAGGAUAUACAAGAAACUUUGGGCCGCGAAGAUCAGAAAGAAAAUUCUACGAAAACGACAAAGACUUUACAGGAAAUACAAGAAGAAAAAUAAGCGAAGAAAUAAACAAAAGCGUAACCGCAAGCCAUGAGUUCUCUCUGUUUAUUGCGGCUAGUAUGCAAUAUAAAACCAAGGAUCGACUGAGCUGCAAGACAUGAAGUUUGCAGCAGCAUAUUUGUUAUAUUUUUUAAUCGUUUGUUAUAUCUUUUAAGCACAGUGUCAGUGGUAAGUUCUUGAAAUAGUCAUGUCGUGGAAAUGUAUCAAAUGUACCGAUUUCGUGCUAGCUAGAGGUAAUCUGUACGGCUUAUCCAGUGCCUCUGAAAGAUAAGGAGGUUGUGGAUUUUUUUCUAGAAAGAUAUUGCCAUUCACAUAAUCAUGAUAAACUAUGGCAUAAUAAAAUCAUAACGUCACUGACAUCAUCAUUUCAGUUAAAAGUUUGAAUCAACCAGGUAUUAAUAUUAUAGGCGUUAGAAUUAUUUUGAUAGUGAGUCAGUGGGUUAAAAACUACUGUCAUAAACUGUUUUAUAAGUAUUCCUAUGGAUCUUAUCACGACGAUCGAUCGAGGCAUUUGAAUGGUAUAUAACCUCAAAAUUGUAUAUUGUAUGUAGAUCCAGUUGAUGGUCAAAGUAACGUCAAACGACAUGUAAGAAAAAUAAUAGUAGUCUUGAAUAAUACUAAUAAAGUAAUGAUAAAGUAGUCUUAAAAA